CUGUGACACGGUCAAAUUUUAUGGUACCAACUCCUACUACAUAUCCAGCGAAGCCGGAAUUAGUAAUAUCGCGACAUUUUCAAUUCAUAAUUGAUCAUUUACUUACAAACUCAACUCACAUCACAAGUAUUUAUUACGUUCUGGAACUUGAUAAAAAACCGUGAACCAGUUUCAGUCAAUUCCACAAGUAAUGACCCAUUAUUAAAUAAAUUCAGCAUACGAUCCCGACCCUUCCCAGUCUUACUAGCCCAAUUCCAUAUAUUUUUACAUUCAGUUAACAACCCAUUAAAAUUUUAUUACGAACUGGAACACAAUUUCUCAUUGCCAUUCAAAUAUCAUUAUUAUUAUAAAACAAGCUCAAUGGAUUUACAAAAAAGUUAUUUGCCAAUUUCUCCCUCAACAACUCUAAAACAUGCAGCUUACCACCAAUUUAAGUCCAUUCUCCUUCCAAAUAUUUUUCUUAACGAUAUCACUUCUGGUGAUACUGCUACGGUUGGAAUCAAUUUCAAGUUCUACAAUUAUUAUUGUUCCGGGUGACGGUAAUGGGGACGGAAGAUCAUUGUUCCCCCAGUUUGGACAACCUGGAGGUGGAAAGAACAAUGACAGUUCAGCUCCGCCCAGACGCCGAUUACUUCGACCACGCCCACAGGAUGGAAAUUCCACAACGCCAAACUCCACUGCCCCUCAUGGUUUACCUUUUAAAUUUCCACGACCACAAAUGCCUCAAUUUCCACAAUCUGCAUCAAACCCAAGAAUUGAGUGGAUCCCACUGGGCGCUUUUCUAUUUGGGGGUGCGUCUGGCCGAUAAUGAUAUCUAAUGGAUUGAACGGAAAAACAAAUUUCUAGAACCAAAAAUUAAUUCUGCAGUUUGAAGUUUUUUGGUGAAAUAAAAUAAAGUCAGUAAAUUAAGUAAAUUAAUUUUAAAACACCUAUGCAGGUACUCGUUCAUGCGCACAGUUUUUGUGCAUGUCCACCCCAAAAAACUAAUUUACUAAUAAAUAACAGAAUCGUAACACUAAUUGAUAUCACAGAGCUGCAUAAUUACAAUACUUGUUCCUCGACUAGUUAGCAAUUUGUACAUUCUAAACUAAUUUAGCUUAGAACGACAGUCGUCGCAGAAGCGUGGGAACAGAAGGGCGCGCUGUAGUUGAACUUUGGGUGGAGGUAUUAAUAACAAGGUAUUUAUUGGGAGAAUUUAAUUUAAAUAACAAGGUAUUUAUUAUUCACGCAUUAAAGAAAUGUAAAUAAAUCAUUAGUAAGUAACAGAUGA